UGAAGGGAACGCCGGGGGAAGUGAGCGUCUUUGUGGCAUGCAUCUUUCUCGUAUAUUAUCAGCGGUUCGUGUUGAGCCACGAAUGGCACCUUCAGCACAGGGCACGCCACCAUGCUUAGUGAAGAUACACUUGGUUGAAAACAAAAAAAAUCUGGCAUCGACUUUGAAACUUCGGCGCUCUUGCAGACUCUGAUACGAUUUCCAGUGGACUAUGUUCCAACGCUGGAUAACACAAGAAGGGAAGUACAAGCUACUAAAAUUCUUCCAGUAGAAGACAGGAAGUUGGAUUUCCGUGUGGCUGUUUGUGUCGGUGGGACUAUAAUAUAUGCUGCUUGCAGGGAAUGACGAAAGGAAGUAAUUUAAUGUUUCUGACCUGUUUUGUUGACACAGACUAAUCAUGAUCAUUCCUUGAUUCUGCUGGUGAAUAUCUUAGCUCCACAUCAGAGCGGAUGGAAAGCUAAGCAUUUCAUGAACAAUAUUACAAGCGACAAGUGGAUUACUCCACACGGAGUGAUUGAGAUUGUGUUUGUUCUCCCAUCCGUGCUUGCUGGAAUUAAGCCAGUCAUUCACAAAGAGAGAGAGGGAGGAAGGUAUGUAAUUCCCUCCAUCUAAGAGAAUGCUAUAAAUUCUUGAAAGGAUUCUUAGCUGUACGCCGUCCCGUGGAACAGCUGCAAUGUGCACUUAAUGACGACCUAUGAACCUGUGCACUCCACCCUUUCAAAUGGGUUGGCGAGAUGGCAGCAAGCUUAUAACUGAAUAAUCUCUUCAAUUACAACGUAUUGAUUCAAAACACAUUCAACUCUAGUGAGAGCUGGUGAUGGAUUCCACAGAGGGACAUGUGACUAUUCUUACAAAUGGCAUAUGUCAAGAACGAAGAAAACCAUCACUAAGGAUGGCAUCAGGAGUACCAAACUACAAAGUAAUUCUCUGUGGGGAGUAUGGUGUGGGCAAAAGUUCUAUUUUCCGCCGAUUUCUCAACAACACUUUUGUUGUGGCGGACACCAAAAAGACCACAAUUGGCUUGGAUCAGUGCACUCGCUCUGUUGACAUUGGGGGUACUGAAGUUAAGCUGACCCUGUGGGAUACAGGUGGAAUGGAGCGAAUGAGCUUUAUUGGGUCCUCCUACUACCGUGGUGCUCAUGCAGCUCUUCUUUGCUACAACUCUAACAACAAAGAAACUUUCACUAUCCUUUCUCAGUACAUCUUAGACAUUGUCAUGAAUGCAGAGGGUGCCAAAAUCUUCCUGUGUGGCAAUAUGGCAGAUGGUAGCGAAGACAAGGAGAAAGUAGACGAUGGUGACCUUGAAAGCUUUAUGACAGAAUGUGAGGAUGUGCUUUCUGGAGUGUACAGUGUCUCAUGCAAAGACAACUUGGGCUUAGAUGAAAUGUUUGAAGACAUGGCAAAAGUGCUGCACACAGAUUCCUUGAAUCGAAUGACCAUCCGAAGGGAUUUGAUACGACCAGGGGAAACCCCAGAGCUAAACGAAGGCUCCACUGGCAAGAAGAGAAGUUGCUGCUAAGCAGCACUGUGUUUAACACUGAGAUACAUGUAUAGUUGCAGAUGAAAAGAUCCUUAUUUUCCUAGAGAGAAACUCUGAUCUGGACCAUUAAAAGUUGUGGUGAAUAAGUAUGUUAUAAUAAGUACUUUACAGAUACUGGGGUCUGCUUUAAGAAGAAUCCAUUUUUUAAGUGAUGGAAGUUGAUUUUCUACAUGUUUAGUAUUUUUGAUUAGCACCUUCUCUUUGUUUUUGAGAAGGUUGUACAAAAUAUUUUGCAAUGAUUGAAAUCCUCCUUGGUGGGGGAGUAUUGAUCCAUUUUUUGACAAAAAUGGUUGUAGCAGGUUGCCUUUUGAAAUAUUCAAUUUUUUAAUACUUAUUUAUGAUCAGAAAAUUUGCAUACAUUGGAUUUGACCCUGUACUGUUUAUUUUGAUUUAAUUGUUAGAGGUUGAAACAAAUUAUCAUUAUUCUUUGGUUUUUCACAUUGCUUUGGUUUUUGUUGAUAUCAGUCAAUUAAUAAUGAACAUCUUAAGAAUAAUUAAAGAUAAGAAAUGAUUUUUUUUACCAGUUUAGAAAUGCAUGUUUUUAAGAUGUGAAAUGAUCACACUUAUUGUCUUUCAGUUACAAAGGUGUCAUGAUUUGAAUUCUUUCGUGCUAUGAAAUAGUCAAGAAAAAGAUAAUGAACUUCACAUGUUCAAACCUGUCAUCAAAAGAUUUUCUUUGUCAUGAAAAUAGAGUUGGUAAAUUUAGGUGGGUCUUUUUUUUGGUUAUAUUUUAUAAUUUAAUAAGAUAGAGCUGAUCUCUCACAGUACAAAGAAAUGAAAAGCUACAAUUAGAAGUUAAAGUCCAUAUUUAGACGAUAAAGAGGAUAGGAGAUGUCAUUGGUUACUGAAGCAUCAUAUCCACAUUAUUAUUAAUUUGUAUUCCUUGCUCGGUUAUAAUUACAUAUCAGCAUAGUUCACUUGGAUACAGCUUUUAUGUUCAAUUACUCACAUGUUUGAGGUACACUCAUUUACUAUACCUAAUAGUACCACCAUACUAUGUGAAAUACCACAAGACAUUUUUGCCUACGCAGAAUGGGAGGUUGGGAUGCUAGGGAAUCUGGUUUAUCAGUACAUAGUACCUAGCUACAUCUUCAGAAAAAGUUUUAUUUACGUAAAAAGAAAAGUUUCGUAAUGUUGUACUGUGGGGUUAUAAACAUGACAGCAUGAGCAUGAGCAUGAGAAACAUAAACAUGAGUUUAUGACAGCUCUAGAAAAUCUUUUCUCCAAAGAUAUAGAUGUCAAGGAAAAUUAUAGAGAAGCCUUGCUGUCCAUCAUAGCCUAGAAAAGGACUAUUGUUACCAUAAGUUCCAGCAAGCAUUGCAUGUGGAAACAGACCAGAAGAUUAUGAAAUAUACUUAUUUUUUCAUAUCUUUUACCGCAAGUAGCAAAUGGACUAGGAGCAUUUGAUUAUGAGACAUGGAAGUAUAUGUUUUGUUUGAAGAACUGCAAGAUUUGUUUUUGGGGGGUGGGGGUGGUGUUAAACUCUUGUUAUGGAUGCAGCUUUUAUCAAUUUUAGGAUUAUAUACCUACAUUUAAAGGCUUAGGCCAUAAAAUGUUUUGGUUUGUUCAAAUCUUUUGAUCAAAUAUGUUGUUUUAACUGAUUUUUGUAUUUUUUUUUUUUUUGCUUGUUAAAACUUUUACAAAGUUGUAAAAACUUUCACUAGAUUCCCAUGCUGGAAGAAUGUUAAAUGUGUAUCUCUGGGAUAUAAAAAUAUCCCUCCUACUUUUCAAAUAUAUACAAUAGUUUGACAAUAGAAAGCAAUAGUUCUAGAACAACUUUACAAAUGCACAUAAAUGAAUAUACUUGUGUUAUUCUUUGUUAUGUUUAUAUUUGACUGGUUUGCACAGUUGUUUCAAAUUACCACCUUUGUGAGGUCUAGCGCAUUGUACCACAUUGUUAAUGCCUUUGGUUUGUGUUAAACUGACCAGAGAAGCAAACAUUUUCUCCUGUACUGUCAGGAACUUGUACAUUAAGGAAGUUGAAGCUAAUACUGUAGAAGAUAAAACUGUGCCAUAGGAUGUCUUGUGAAUAACCCUUUAUGGAGAGCAACUUGAGUGAUAAGAGAAUCUCUGCUGAUGACAGUCCAUUUUUUAAAGUUUUUUAACACAGAGUUGAGAGAAGAGGGUUAAAGAGAUUUGCCGACCCUUUAGUGUACUGUUGCUUCAGUGGACCACAUUUUGAAACACAUGCCUACGAUGUGUAGCAGAGCUAAAUCUGCAAGAAGUAUUUGGCCACAGUAUGACUGAAAGGUAGUGUUUUGUUUCCUCACAUGCGAUUCCUGAUUCCUUUAUUGACUGGCCAUUUCAAUUCCAGUUUUGGAUGGAUAGAUGAUGAGAAGUCUAAAGCAAAGACCUUGCACAGCAUGUGGUCAAAACAAAAUGAAAUGUUUUUAUUUUGCAUACAUGUAUGUUCAUUAAUUUGAAGAACCUUUUAUGUUGUUCUUUCAGUCUGAUAUGAUGCAAACAUACAGCCUUUUUUCAGGACCUCAGAUCAUACAGGGCUGAGGUGGUCAAGUAAUGGUCUGCUGUUUCAGACGUGCUCCAGGAAAUUAAAAGAAAAGCAACAAGCAUAAUGAUUAGGCCAAAUGCACAAUGUAAUCAAUUAUGCUUAAACUUAUUCAUGUGGUUAUAAAUUAUGAGUUGGCAAGUUCUGAAAGGAACCAAAAUUCUUUUGGGUCAAUAAAAUGUAAAGGGGUUUGAUGCUGUUUAAAAUGUAAUUUGUAAGGAAACUAGACUUUUGUACAUUAUGACAACCUUUAGACAAAUUCAACUUUUUUUUUUAAUUGUUUAUACUUUUAUGUGGCAGAUUGACAAUGUGGUGUGACUUAGUACAGAAUGGGACCAGUAUUAUUGAUGACAUACAUCUUUUUUAACAUCACAUUUAUAAAUUCAGAGUGAUAACAAAGAUCACAGAUACCUGAGCCUAUUAUGUGCAUAUAUUUGUUAGAAAAAAGUAUAUGUCGACAAAUGCAUAAAUAGCUUUCUUCUUUUAACCGUAUCUGUGGCAGCCAAGUUAAAUUUUAAACUUUCUUUUAUAUCUGUGCAGAGUUUGGGUUGUUUUGCUUAAACAGUGCCUGUAGCAUUUUUAAUAGAAAUUUUACACUUUGUGUCACAUGGUUGAGAUGCCUAUGUACGCAAAGUUUAUAAGCAGUUAGAAAUUUUACUGAUAACUACUUAAAAAAAUUUCAAGUGUCCUCUCCUGACCUCUUUCAACAAAUUUAAGGUAUAAAAUUCAUACAAACAUAGUUUGUGUAGUCAUAAAAAAUGUACACAUGUUUAAUUGCAAAAGGAAGAGAAAGCUGCUGGCUUGGAUUAAGCUGCACAAUGAUUGAAUUAAGAAAUGGUUGUCUUUUGACGAAAUGAUUGCCAGCAAAAACAAAUGUUUAACUCAAGAUUAUAAGGGAAAUUGUCAUGACUGUUAAUUUUACCUUAGUCAUCUGUUCCUUGUAAUACAGUGAUAAAUAUUAAAGCUGAAUUUAAUUAGA